UUAGCGAUGGCGGCGAGAAAUGCUCUUCUCCGAUACCUUAGAGUCAACGUCACUCCAUCCCUCAACAAUACAACAAUCGGCGCAAGAGAGUGUGCGCUCCCUUUCACCGUCCUUGUUCGCCGUUUCUCGGAGGAAGUAAGAGGAUCGUUUCUAGACAAAUCCGAUGUCACAGAUCGCGUCGUCUCCGUCGUCAAAAACUUCCAAAGAGUCGAUCCCUCAAAGGUAACACCAAAAGCCCAUUUCCAGAACGAUCUCGGGUUAGACAGUUUGGACAGUGUGGAGGUUGUGAUGGCAUUGGAGGAGGAGUUUAAAUUCGAGAUCCCUGAUAAUGAAGCUGACAAGAUCCAGUCCGUCGAUCAAGCCGUUGAUUUCAUCUCUUCUCAUCCUCAGGCUACUUAAAAAAGAGAGAAAAUAUAUUCUUCAAUGUUUCAUGCCUCGCUGUGUCGAAGUAUUUGGUUAAGCCCCAAUAAAAGAACAGAAACAAAACAUUUUUUUUUUGUCGCUUUACUUUUGUUUCAUUUGUGUUAGAUUUGCAUGAGUUUACGAGGUCUUUCCAGAAACUUUGUUGUUCUUUGAUAAUCUUAUGAUGUAUGACGCAUCAGACUCGAGUUGCACUGUGUUGAUCUUUGAUAAUCUUAUGAUGUAU